AAAUAAAAAUCGAAAGUAACGCGAGUUAUCAAAGUGGAAAAAUCAACGAAAAGUUUCAACAACAACAGAAAUAAAAAGUGAACAAAAUCUAAAUAAAAAGAGCGUUUUUCAAUUCAAAUUCGCACGAUUUGCAAAUCAAAAUAAAGUUUCGUUUUUCCACAUCAUUGCAAUAGCAAUACGAAGAAAGAAAACAAGUGGAAGUGUGAAAUUUUACAUUAAAAAUUUUGACGUGUUUUAAAUUAGAAAAUAAUAACAAAUUUGCCAACAAAGCAUUUUACAACGAAACAUAAAGAAAGCUGCCACACCAGCCCCUUAAUUACAAAAUGCGAACAUUCAGCAAAACUUCAUCACAGAGUUCUUUAGCCCACCACCAGCCUCAUCAUGGCGCAUGGCCAUCAAUUACACUGACAUCGGUUGCAGCUGCAACACCGGCAUACAAUUCAAAAUCAAAGGCAACGACAUCACCGGAGCGUACAGCAAAAUGUGCCACCGUUACAAUGAUGCUUGCCGAGCGUAUAAUUCGCAAUGACUGGUCAGUCGAGGAUGAACAUUUCUUUGAUUCGAACAACAUGAACGUCUGGCAAACAUUGGAAUUUCUAUCGGGUGUGAAUUCUCGCAAACGUUACAAUUACGAGGGCUACAACGAUGCCAAUAAUGCAAUACGCACUUUAACGCCCUCAUGGCGUCGUGAUAGUUUCGUUGAAAAAAAUGUCAAUCCUAACGGUGACGAGUCCAAUAGUGGUCCAAAUGGCAAGUAUUCAACGGUGGCAAAUAGUACGUCGGAAACAAAUGAUCAUUUAGUUAAUAAUAAUGCUGGAGCUGUUGAUGUUAAUGGCUUGCGUGGUGGUUCUGCUGGUAGGGGUGGUGGAGCUGCUGGCAUUAGUCGUAAUCAUCGUUCUUCAUUUAGCCACAGUAAAGCAUCUAAAUAUGCCAAAGCUAGUCACCGUAGACGAAGGGAUAAGCAGAAACUUCAAGCCAAUGAAUUAGAUCCAGAAUAUGCUUUAUCACCGGCGGAUUAUUCGGAUUUAAUUAAAUGCACUUUCAAUUUGCCACGCAUAAGUGCUGCCUUGGAACGUCUCAUGGGCACAAAUGUUGUACGUUUAACUGACCGCAAUUAUAUGAAAGAACUUCGGGAGCGCAUCGAAGAUGAUUACAGGGCAAAUUUACAGAAACGCAUUAAGGCACGAGAGCUUAAAGAAGUCGAACGUGAACGCAUUUUAAUUAUUGAAGGCAAGACCAAUGUUAUACCGGCAGAACUGGCUGAUGAUCCCAUUUUUGUGGUGGAUAAGAAAGCUGAUUUGGAAAUUUUGAAAUCAAGAGCAAAGCUAAAAACCAACCGUGAAAAAAAUUCCGAUCGUUUAAAAUUGCAAGGUGUUAAAUGGGAACGUGAACGUUUGCAACAUGAAGAGGAGGAAGCUCAACGCAUAAAUGUUCUACGACAGAGAUACAAAGAGCAAAAAGCGCUAGAAGAACAAUACAAAGAUGAAGACGCCAAUAAGGGUAUGGAUUUAUUAAGAAUUGACAAUGAAGAAUGGCGUCCUUGUGAACAGCAACUAAAAGAGUUUCUCGAACAGGAGAGGGCUAAAAUGAAAGAACGUUCAUUGCGUAUGCCCACACCAUUCGCUACUGAUCCCAAGGAUAUUAAUAAUAUAUUAAAAGCCAGAAAAGCAUUUCGUGAAGUUGAAAGACGUAUACGUAAAGCCAUUGAAGAGAAACAUGAAGAGAAUCUUAAACAAAAACAUCUUCCACAUCAGUUGUCUGGUCAGCAACAACCAACGGGUUUUGGUAUUUUAGAACAAUCUCAAGAGCAAAUUAUACAAAAGGCUCUUGAGGAAUUACCAGCAACAAAAGAUCCCUUCGAAACUGAAGAUGUUGUUGAUACUGCAGUAGUGCGUAAAAAUUUAACUUCUGACGAUGCAUCCGAUAUAUCAAGCGGUGAAUCCUUGGAUGAAGGCAGUUCUAUUAGUUUGGCUAAACAGCGUUAUGCACACAUGUUGCAACAGGAAUUGGAAAAUGAUGUUUCCGAAGGUUUACUCAUCUCGAAAGAACAAUACGAUCAUUUGCGUUAUGAAGAUGAUAAAAUAAUGCAGCUGAGAAAUGCUAGAGACAUACGUGAACUUUAUCAACUGGCUGAGGAGAUUAUUAUUGGAGAGCGUGUUGAAAGUUAUGCCGAAGAGGAGGAAGCCCUUGCUGAAGAAGAGGAGGUAGAGAAUGAAGAACCAGAAAUUCCCGAGCAAGAAUAAUAUUUAGUCAAAAUGUCUUUGUCAUUUCUUCACUUCGGAAUAACAAUGCCUGAAAUCUAUCACAUUUUAAAUAAAUAAAUUUC